CAAUAGCAUAUAAUUCUUUUCUCCAUUUAAUCAUAGAUAAUACUUAGUAUAACAUAUUAAUCAAAAUUAGUGAACGUAAGAUUCCUGUUUUACUAAUUGUAAGAUUCAUAAAGUCAAUGUAUAAUAUGGCAUGGCGAACAACGAUGCUGCAGAUGUUAACCAAAAGUGUCAGUGCUGUCCAGUGCUGUCAGUACCAAUACAGCCAUGUGAGGUACAAUGGGAUGGAUAAGGAAGAAAAGUUAAUGAUGUGUGGAAUGAUAAGAUAUUGAACGUUUUCACUAUAGAAGCAUUUCGUCAUCACUUUUGCUAGUCGAUUAAAUAUUGUUGAUUGUGGCUUUACGUUUAUAUUGUUAUAACGGAUUUUUAUAUCGAUAUAGUAAAUAAUGGGGUUAGGUAGUUUUCGAUAUAGGCUCUUAGUAGCAUUUUUCGUACUUUUGCUACUUUGGCAAUCGAUAAAACUUUGGUCGCCGUCCAUUCAAGACUCUACAAUACAGGAGUUACAGGUAAAGCAAGCUGCUGAAGAAGUAGCGGGAAAAGGAGAUACUUCCAAAACUCAAAAAGUUCUUGUGACUGUAUAUUAUGAAGCUCUCUGUCCAGACUCCAGGAGUUUUGUAGUUAAACAGCUGGUGCCAACAUUCCAAACGUUACCACAAAAUGUUUUAAUAGAACUGGUUCCAUAUGGAAAAGCUAAGACUGUCAAGACCGACAAUGGUUAUGAAUUUGAAUGUCAACAUGGACCCAUUGAGUGUCAGGCUAAUAUUAUACAUGCUUGUACCAUUAAUAUUAUUAAGGAUCCAUCAUUGCAGCUGCAAUAUAUAUCAUGUAUGAUUCAGAACAAUAUUAAACCUGUUGAUAUAAUGCAAACAUGUGCUGAACAAAUGGAAUUGGACUAUCAGCAAAUACAAGAAUGUUCUGAUGAUGCGAAAGGGAAAAAUCUUUUAGCUAUGUAUGGUGAAAUGACUCAUGCGUUGAAACCAGGUGUCAGUUUUAUCCCUACUGUUACAUUAGAUAAGAACUCUGAUAAUCAACCAGCUAUACUCAAGAACUUACUGCACCAAGUAUGCCUGUUACUUAAUUCUCCACCUCCAGGUUGCAUAUAGUAAAAUCAGAUUGUAUUGAACACGAAGAAGAAGCAGCAUAUUUUUUACCAUAACAAUAUGACAUAUCACUAUGAUCUCCCGUGAAUACUCUUCUGUCAUAUAUCUUAUAAGAAAAUCGUACAGGAAAUACACUUUUUUAAAGAAA